AUGCACACGCUCGGCAGGCAGGACUUCAUACAUUACGUCACUUCCGACACCCAGACGACACAAUUUUUCUGGGAUCGCCAGUCAGGGGCCAAGGUGGAAGUGAACAUCGAAGGGCUCAACAUGCUGCCCACCUACACCACUGCCACCCAGCAAAUUAAUUACAAUACAAAUUAUAACAUCAAUAACAACGUUAAAACUUAUAAAAAUAGUGUUGAUGAAUAUUCUGACAAAAGUACGUUAGCUAACCAUGUAAAUAAUGGCCUCGACAAAAAUACACAGAGACAAAAACUUUCGGUUGAUUUUGAAAAAAAUGGCCUCGGGCUGAAUAAAAGGUCCAUAAAUAAAGAACAUCGCAACGAAGACGACGACGACGAUGAUGAGUUCAGCGACAACAGUUUUGUCUUUAAAGAUUCAUCGUUUUUUGAUAGGACGGAAGCGUUCAGAAAAAUAACCGAGCACUUCUGCAGUUACCCGGUGCCAGAUUACUACAUGCUGACGAUGAGUGUCGCCAAGGAUAGGACAACAACCGCAAAACUGGUCGACUGCAACAAAAAAAUAACGAAAGAAAGCAAGAAAGGAAAAGACGUGACAUUAUCGCAGCAUCAUUUGCUCGAUAGGGAAACAGUUGAUGGCUUGAGAGGUCGUUUCGACGAUGAAGCUGGCGAAGAUUUUUGUAGCUCAGUUCAUUUGAAAAACCAACUUGCCAGAAAAUACGGGCAGCGUGGUGAUUCAGAAUAUUCGGGGGAGGUGCAAGAUGGUCUGUACGUGCAGAGAACCAUCAACGACCCCUGCCUCUCCAAGGGUGGUGGGAAUGAAUUUCUAUCAUCAAAAAGCAAUUCAGUGAUAUGUCAGAUGGAAGAUACCCGCCACUCGCUCGGCCUGAUGUUCAACCCAGCGCAAAGUCCCAUACGACCAGUAAAAAAGCUGAGUAAGGAUUGCAACGAUGCGAAGAAGCGGUGCAGGCAAUGCAUGCAGGGUCACGAUUUUUACGGAGAAAACUCGUGCGGCAGGAUACAAUGCCUUAAUACGGAAGAUUGUUUGGAAGCCUAUUCAAAAGAAUGUCGCGAUGAUGAAAUUAUUUGUGCUCAAGGAGACGCCUACAUUUUCACCCUGACACCAAUCUUCGAGAACCUCUUCAGCUCCUUCCAGUGUCAUCUACGUCUCUCAUCUGCCUACAUUCGAUACAAAAUCUCCGUACACAUUCAGGUCAACUUGCUGAACUUCAGCGUCCCGGAGUUUCACAGGGAGAUUAGUUACUUGUUUGAUGAAAAGUCUGUUAAAAAGCUGCGUAUGUACUUCAUGCGAGUAACUCACGAGUUUGACGUCAUGAAGGAGUUCAUGCUACUAGGAAAAUUAUCAAAGAGUGAUGCACGACAACGGGCAAAAUCAAGUGACGACAAGAAAACUACCAACCUUGAAAAAGCUGACGAAUGGCGGUUCACAAAAAAAACUAUCAAAAAACGACGUUCCCAGGACAGCCACAAUAAUGAAAUUUUAAUUGACAGCAUUCGUCAGAGUGAAAGUAGCAACUUCUUGAGCCGGCGUGCAAACAACUUUCAUCAAACUGAAGAUCCAAAAGCUGCUUUCAAUAAUUUUUUUAAAAAUCCGCUUGCAUCGCCUGCUCAAAAAAGCAUCCAAACUUUAAAAAAAUCUUUUGACAACAUAAACUUAGUUUCAAAUUUUCGUGAAAACAUUUUGAAAUCGUUUGACGGCAAUGAUCCUUUGGCUCACAACAACCAUCAUCACCAACAACAACAACAGUUGCACAAACAACAACAGCAAUCACACCAGCAACAUCUCAGACAUCACCAUCUGCAACAAUUCAGCAUGUACCAACAACCCCAUCAAGAGCAAAAGCAACAUCAACUCCUCAACACUUCAGACUCAAUGCAAUCUGCACCGUCAAAACAAAAGAAUCGUUUCUACGUCUUCAAUUACUCAGCCAACUCAGUGGCCACCUACUUCAGGUUCAACACUCCAUUCUUCUACAGCACUUCUACCUGGGUCAGAGACAAACGGAAGUUAUCUAGGUUAGAUUGCUACAAGGACAUCGACCACUUCAUACCGUUGGUAGUACUGAAAAACGCAAGUGUCAUGGAGGUUGAUGACUUGGAAAGCAUGCGUGACGUCAUAUCACGUGAUGAUGACGUCGAAUCACACGUUUACGACGAGGAAGGAAACGUCAUCUCAAGUGUGAUUGCCGGUGAUGGUGAUGAUGGUAAUAAUGAUAGUGACGAUGAUGACGAGGAAAAGGAUGAUGUUGAUGAUGGUGACGGUGUUUUUGAUGAUGAUGAUGAUGAUGAUACUAUUGGCGAUGAAUAUCAAGACCAUGGAAAAGGUGAAGUUGAUUUUGUGUCCCGUACUGAUAAACAUAACGAAAAGGAGCUGGCUUAUAAGGGUUAUAACAACAAUGAAAAACAGCAACAACAACAACAACAAUACAAUCUCCAACCACAUGUUUCACACCACCACCACCACCAACAACAACAACACGGUGAUGAACGUUUCAAAUCAAAACCACAUGACAACAACACCAACAGCAUUGUAUCGUCGCAUAAUCGUAAACAUCUGAAACAUUCUAAGAACAAAAACAUCGCUAACAACAACAAGAACAACACUAACAAUAAAAAUAGUCCAGACAACACAAAUAUCAAAACAACAAACGAGGGUGAACAGGAGCGAGAUUUGCAAGUAGUUUUUAAAAAAGCAGCGCAAUCAAAUCUUUUCGAUUAUUCCAUUCGGCCAGAGAGUGCCUCCGUCAUCAAAUUCUCCAUUCACGAGCGAACGUCGAUUUUGAAGUGGUGGUUCCGACGGCAGGAUGGAGUGGAGCUGAACGUCGACUCACUUGUCUUCAACCUCCUUGUAACUGGCGUCAACAAAACUUGCCGGAUCAGAAUCGAAGUUUUUUUUGUUAUACCUGGCUACCCGGCCAUAAAAAACUAUAUCGAAAGGGGAAAAUUACAUAUUCGUAUCAAGCUUGCGGUGGAAAACGUUUUACAAACGGAUGAAGAAUGCAUUUCGGGUUAA